AUGAGCUCCCGCGGCAGCAAGUACGAUGUCGUCAUCCAGGACCCUAGGAGGACCUCGGUCAGCUCCGUCGGCUCAGCAUCUUCCUCGUCCGGCUCCACGUACACCUCCAGCUCUGGCGGAAGCUCGUCAAUGAGCGGCACUGGAAACUAUCGCGACCCCGACGCCAGCCGGGACUCCGCAGUCGGCACCUCGUCGCGCAGGAACAGGAGCGGCCAAGAUACGUCAUCGCUCACCUUGCGAUAUCGAUCAUGCCACUGCUACCACAACAUGUACAACAACAUCCUCAACAUCAUCGGCACGAUUAUCUCUUUCAAACGCCUCAUGCGCUCAUACUACACUUGA